CGUCGUGUACGCGAUCGGCGGCUGCCUCGCGGAGAUCGACGGCACCGACUACAGGAAGCAGUUCAGCAAUUGGUGGAAGAACGAAAUGAAGACGGUCAAGUACCCCUCGAACGGGCUCGUCUUCGACUACUUCGUGCGCGACGGGAGGCUUGAAGACUGGACGAACAUGCCCGAGCUGCGGGAGAGAGCCGAGUACGACGCCUCGAUGCCCAUGGGCGAGGUCACUGUUCCCACCUCGGAGACGGUGGCUGCUGGCUACUUCAUGAAGGCGCUGAUCAAGGUGCACCACCCCGUGAUGCUCAUCGGCCUGGCGGGCUGCGGCAAGACGCAGUCCUGCGCUGGCAUGCUCCAGCAGCUCUGUCAGCCCACCCAGGACGGGGGCGGGGAGUGGGGCGAGCCUGCGGGGCGGACGGGCAGAGCGGGCCGCGGCACAGUGACGCUGGACUCCGCGCAAGAUGUGUUGACGGCAGGCUGCAGCAUCAGCAUCAGCAUGCCCCUGUGCGUCCCAUCGAGCCUCGAGCCCUGA